GCCAAACAAUACACCGGCCCUUGGAGAUCACUCAGUCUUCUGCGAGACACUAACAACACAGGCCAUUCCCACACUGAACCGGAUCCUUCUCUCUCUGAGGGGCUACAGGAUGGACGACUGCACGAGGUUCCUGUGCUCCAAUCACAAGUAUUGCACUGUCGGUUCUACACUCAGCACCCACUUCUGCCGCAGUCUUGUUGGACACCCCGAGGCAGUUUGCGGGUGUCCCAUCCCACCGCACCCUUGGGUGACCCACCACUCCGCCCCACACAGAUAUCUGUGUUCAAGUCAUUACCCGUGUGUCUCCCAUGUGAGCUGUAAGAAGGUGGAGGUGCCCAGUGGGACCCCCUUUCUGCCCACUCUAACGGCACACGAGACGGUGUUGGCACGGAGGAACCACGAUGGAUUCUAUUACCUGGGCUCCAUAAAGCAGGAGGAGGAACUCGGGGUGUUCCUGGUGGAGUUCAGCAGUCCAUGUGCAGAAGAAGAGAGGUUCCGGUCCAGGCUGCAGAAGACACAAGCCACCGACAUUCUCCAGUAUUAUGAGGCCCUGAGACAUUCGGUUCUCCCAGGAGACAACGUGUUGGCCCCUUGGGAACCCGAGUUGGUCAGAUACGGACCAGGAACUGUCACUCUGGGUCUCGAGACCAGGGAUCCAUUAAGAGCCUGUGAAGACGAGGAGCUGACUGUCAGUUUCUGGAACGGGAAGAAGACAAAGGUUCCCCUGGGAGUGGCGGUUUGGAUCUCUCCCUCAGCCUAUCGGAGGGUUCUGGACCUGCUCCACCAUCCCAUCAGCACCACAGACAGGUUCCAGGCCUCAAACUCCACCACCUACGUCAUCACAGACCGUUAUACCACCGUGCCCAUCUCCAUGUGCCCGGCCGAACGCCUCUACAAACACAAGUGCCACCCCCACGUCACCCAUCAGCAUUGCUCUUGCUGCUGCUUCCCCACCCACCCCAGGUGCACCUGUUGUCACAACCCCCGGUGUCAGGAUUGGUGGCCACUGUCCCCCACCACUACGGUCUAUGUUAAUAGGAGAAAAGGAGAUGAUGAUGAUGGAAGAACCUACAGAUCUACCAGAAGUGGAAGCCCCAAACGAGGAGAAACAUCUCACCACUCGGUUUCCUCUGAAGAUGAACUUGAUGAAAACGAUGAUGAUGAAGAUGAGGAGGAGAGUGACAAUGAGACGUGGCUCUCAAAGACCACCCAGACGACAUUGGUAGACAGUGGAGUGAAUACGGACUCCAGCCUAUGGGAUAAACCUCAGCUUGAUAUUAGUGACCGACCUGAAUGGAAGUACUGGAAACACAACCAGCCGGAGCCAUUCUAUCGGAAACCAGGAGGCAGAGUUUCUAAGCAGAAAAUGGACAAACCAGAUUCCAGGGCCCUGGUCUCCGACACAGCAGGACUGGCCAAUCAGAGCGCCCUGUUUGAUACAAUCAGUGAUGCCCCGCCCAGGAGACUUACAGUGAGGGAUCUAUUAAUUCACAAGGACUUUAAUCCCUCCUACAGGCCACAGGCCCCCCCACUGCUCCAAAGUCUGGGAAAAACAGAACAGGAAAAACUGAUUCGCCAACAAUCUAUUCUAGAGAAAAAGCAGAAGAACAAGAUCCGACACAUGGAAUGGGAAGAGACGAGAGAGAAGCAAGUGGAGCAAAAGUACAGCGACAGCCAAGAGAUACACAGGAAGAAGACAUUGCAGCGCUUGCAGAAUGAGGAGCUGAAGUUGAAGGAAGAAGAGAAGAGACAGGGGCAAAGCCGGAGGGCUAAGAAUGAAUUGAGGGAACAGAAGGAGAGUCGCUUUCAGACUUUGGCUGCAGAAGAGAAACAGAGAGAGAAGCGCAGGUUGGAUCAUCUCAGAAACGUUCGGGAGAAGAUUGACCUAAAGGAAUAUGAGAAAUGUGCAGCCAAUGAGCUGAAAGAAGCGGAGAUUGUGGAUUCCCGCAGGCGGAGGGUGGACAAUCACUACAAAGAAGUGGCGGAAAAAGUCUUCCAGGUGGAGCAGCAGAAAACCCAACGAAGCGGAAGGUACAAGGUUGAGGUUUAAUUCCCGGGAUCAGAUGGGAAUGUCAGCACUUUAAUCCUCAGGGCACUUAUCCCCAACUAUGUACUUCCACUGUACCAGCCUGUCCAGAGCUAAAUUAGAUUGUCAGCUCUUAUGUCAAGUGAUUUACAACCCUCGGCCUCCACCGACAGGCUUCAGACCCGUGUUCUGCCCCAAACAUCAGACAACUCUGCAGAUCACGGGGAAGGCACCACGAGGUUCUCCAGUUACUGGAAACAUUGGAAUGAAAUUUUAUUUAUUCUAAUGUGAGAGAAAUCUGGAAAUCUGUGUAAAUGUCUUUCCUAAUGUUAUUCCUAAUGUUCUAUUGAUUCUAUUACUUCUGACUCCCAGGAGACUCCUUGUUACUCUGUUCCAUGUCAGACUGUCGUGGGACUAAAUAAGUAACUGAAUAAAGGUCCAUCAACUGCACAUCAAAAUCAUGGAAAGAGAUGUCUGUAGGAAAAUUAUAAUAUGAGUAAAUGUCCUAAGGCAUGAUAGAGACUGUAGGACACGAUGGAGACAGUAGGACAAGAGACAGUUGAACAAGAUGGAGACAGUAGGA